AUGAAAGCAAGUGUUGAUCGCAAGAGAAGAGAGGCUCACUUCAAUGUUGGAGACUUAGUUUGGGUCCACCUACAACCCUACCGACAAUCCUCACUAGCAGAAAGGGUGAACAACAAAUUGUGCAAAAGGUAUUUUGGUCCAUUUGCAAUACUUAAACGAAUUGGUCAGGUUGCCUAUAAAUUGGACUUACCACUACAUGCGAAGAUACACCAUACAUUUCAUGUUUCCCUUCUCAAACCAUACAAAGGAGACAACACUAUCACCUCUUUUCCGUUGCCAGAAGUUUUCACUAAUGGUCUACCUGUAUUAGAACCACAAGCAAUUGUUGACAGUAGAAGGAUUGCAGUGGGUGACCAACAACAAGUGGAGCUUAAGGUACGUUGGCAUGGAGUACCUCAGGAAGUAGAAACUUGGGAGGACUUCAACGACUUUCGCAGACAGUAUCCACAUUUUAACCUUGAGGACAAGGUUAGUUUUAAUGGGGUGGGUAUUAAUAUGAAUGAAACACGAAGACUAGAGGAAGAACAAGCAGCUGAGAGUGGAAUUGAAGGACAACAGACAAAUGAGAAGGAAAUGAAUGCAGCUACUACUAGUCUUGCUGAAGGCAGAGCAAGAAGAGAAAUAAGAAGGCCCAAAAGGUUCACAUCAUACUUGUUUGCUAUGUUUAGCAACAGUAGCAAUAAGCUUCCUCAUCAAGAAACAGCAUGUGAUUUGUUACUACAAGAGCUUCAGAUAAUAUGGGAUGAAAUUGGAGAGUCUGAUUCACAGAAGGAUGCAAUGUUGCUCGAAAUAGAACGGAAGUGUCUGGAGUUUUAUAGAAAACAAGUGGAUGAAGCCAAACAGUAUAAAGAACAAAUUCAGCAAGAAAUUGAUGAUUAUGAAGCAGAAAUUGCUAGCAUCUGUGCGGCAAUGGGUGAACAACCACUACAUAUUGAGCCAAAGUCUUGUGGCAGCUUGAAGAAAGGACGUGAAACCGUUGUAUCACAACUUGAUGAGAUGCACAAGCUGAAAACUGAAAGGAAGAAACAGUUCUUAGAAGUCUUACAUCAGUUGCAAAAUAUUUCAUGUGAGCUCUAUGGCUCUGUGGGGGUUAGUGCAUAUUUUGAUGAGAACAACUUGUCUUUGAAAAGAUUAGAAGAAUUACAGAAGCAGUUACUUCAAUUUCAAAAUGAAAAGGCCAGUCGACUGAAACAGGUAGCUGACCUCCUGAACACUCUUAAUUCAUUGUGCUUGGUCCUUGGUUUGGAUGUCAAAGACAAAAUUUGUGAGAUUUGCCCCAAAAUGGUUAAUGCCACUGAAACAAGAGAUGUAAGUGACCACACAGUAAAGAAUUUGAGUUCUGAAGUACAAAGGUUGAGAGAGGUUAAAAUACAGAGAAUGCAAAAGCUUCAAAGUCUUGCAACUGAACUAUUAGAGAUGUGGAAUUUGAUGGAUACACCACUUGAGGAACAGCAGGAAUUUCACAACAUAACCAGUAAUAUUGCUGCUUUGGAAUCUGAAUUUACUGCGCCUAACAUGCUCUCAAUUGACUUUGUCAUCUACGUUGAGCGAGAAGUUAGAAGGCUUCAACAACUUAAAUCAGCCAAAAUGAAAGAACUUUUACUGAGAAAGAAGUUGGAGUUAGACGAAAUAUGCAGAAGUACACGUCUAACAACACAAAUAGUUUUUUCAAGUGAACAUCCAAAUGAGUUUUUAGAAUCUGAGUCUGUAAGCCAUGAAAACCUGUUAGAACAAAUUGAGCACCAAAUUACAAAGACAAAAGAAGAAGCUCUUAGCAGGAAAGAAAUCCUUGAAAAGGUUGACAAAUGGCUGGCUGCUAGUCAAGAAGAAAGCUGGCUGGAGGAGUACAACAGGGAUGAUAAUCGUUAUAAUGCUGGAAGAGGUGCGCAUCUUGUCUUGAAACGUGCUGAGAAGGCCCGCGCUUUAUUAAGCAAAAUUCCUGGGAUGGUAGAGGAAAUGAUUUCUAAAGUUACAGCAUGGGAAAAUGAAAGAGGACUCGAGUUUUUGUAUGAAGGAAGCCGGCUACUUUCCAUGCUUGAAGAUUACAGCACCUUAAGGCAGGAGAAAGAGAAUGAAAGGCAAAGACACAGGGAUCAAAAGAAACUUCAGGGACAACUGAUGGCAGAGCAUGAAGUACUUUUCGGCUCAAAACCCAGCCCGUCUAUAAGUGGAAAAAAGGCGUCCAGAUGUUCGAUAGGAGUUCCAAGUAUCAGAAAAUUUUCCGUUGGUGGAGCAAUGCUUCAGGGUCCAAGACAAGCUGCUCUUAUUGAGCAAUCUAAUAAAAAGGGAAAGGAUACCUCUAAAGUUAUUGGUCACUCAGUAAAGAAUACUGCGUACAGUGCAGAAAAGGAAUUUGAAAAUCAGUCACCAGUGACUGAGAAGCCCCUCUCUCCUGUUUCUUCCACAGUCAUGUCUAAAGCCAACAUAACAACUUUUCAAGAAGACCAUAGUAAAAUACAGAAUGUACCAACACAAUCAAUACAGCAACAAGUUCAAACGCUAACAGGAACUCCACCUUCUAAGCCAUUUAUUGCUGGCGAUGAAGAAAACAGGACCCCCAAGAAUAUGGGACUCCCAGUGCCUACAACUCCUCUAACUUCAGUCUUUAUGUUGACUGCCACUACACCAGACGGUCCAGACACGCUUAGUGUAUAUCCUGGUUCUACAGUUGCUACAAAGAGUGCUCAACUAUUUGAGUAUUCAUUUGAGGAGAUGAGAGCUGGUUUUAUCCUACCUAAAAACUAUGCUCAAUGA